AUGCAUUGGUUUGACCAAAUGGUUGAAGCUGGAUGCUCUCCUGACGCCAAGAUAUAUUACGCUUUGAUCUCUGGUUUGUGCCAAGCUAGACGAGACCAAGACGCGCUUAAAAUGUUGGAGAAGCUGAAAGGAGCAGGAUUCUCUCUUGACUUGAGGGCUUAUAACAUGCUCAUUGGGCUGUUUUGUGAUAAGAACAAGGCAGAUGAAGUCUAUGAGAUGUUAACCGAUAUGGAAGGAGCAGGUAUGAAGCCUGAUUCAGUCACUUACAACACUCUCACUUCCUAUUUCGGCAAACUCAAGGACUUUGAAAGUGUUCAUAAGAUGAUGGAGAAGAUGAGGGAAGAUGGUUUUUCUCCAAAUGUUGUGACAUAUGGUGCUAUAAUCCAAGCUUAUUGCUCUUCUGGGGAAAUGAAUGAAGCGUUGAAGCUCUUCAAUGACAUGGGAUCUCACUCGAAGGUCUUCCCAAACACAGUGAUAUACAACAUUCUCAUUAACGCCUUGUGCAAGCUCGGGAACUUGGAACAAGCGCUCGCUCUGAAAGAAGAUAUGAUGAAGAAAAGGGUGAGACCAAACGUGGAAACGUACAAUACUUUGUUUAAGAUUCUUAAGGACAAGAACAAAGUGCUUGAACUAAUGGAUGAGAUGGUUGAACAUUCCUGUGAACCAAAUCACGUAACCAUGGAGGUUCUAAUGAAGCUGCUCCCAGAAAUUGGUGAAUCCAAGUUGCUGAAGAAGUUCUUGAAGGGUUACUCUGUCGCUUCUCCAACCGACAAGGAUGUACCUUUGUCUUAA